AUGAAAUUACCAUAUACAUUUUUUAUUCAUCAAAAUCAUCUACACUUGUGUAUAAUCAUGGUAUUUUUUAUAAGUUAUAUUUGGUCAAUACCUAUCAUGGGUUAUCCUAAUUUAAGUUUAAGUAAUACACGAACACCUAGAUUUUCAGGGAUUCCUUCAUUAGGAUUUAUGUCGCGUAUUUUUGAUUUCCUAAAGGGAAUUAUCAAGUAUUUUGGUAAAGGUUAUAAUAAAGAUGAUACAAAUACUACAUCCUCUAAUACAACAAAAAUUGAUGUCCUUACUCCUAUUACUACUCGAGAACCUCUUUCAUUAUUUAAGUCUAUGAAUAGUACACUUUCUCCAUUAUCUAUUCAUGAGAAUGACCUUAAAAAACCUAUUCACACAAAUAAAUUUUAUUCUAAUUUUUAUCUGGGUACUCAACGUUUUCCUUCAUUUUUAGAUCCCUAUGUUCUUACAUGGAAUUAUGGAGUCUAUAGCGGAAUAGCUGUUGCUCAUUCAGACGAUAACCAAAAGGUAUUCGGAGAAGGCACCCCUCCUAAAUAUUUCUUUAACCCUCUUGGUGUUUAUUCAGCAACUUUUACUGCUAAAGAAUUAGAAAAUGCAAGUCUUACAUUAACUUCUCUUGAUCAGAUGUCUGUUAAUGUAAUUGUAAAUCCUAGCAAUUGUACAGAAAAAAAAAUAGAAAUGCCUUUAGUUAGAGGGAUGGCUUACGUAACUGGAAUUUAUACGGAUUUGACGCCUAUUUUUACAUCAGUUGUCGGAUUUCGAAAUAUUGAAAAAAAGCAAAUAGAUGAUUAUUAUAAAUUUAAAGCAACUUUACACGACGGAAAAAAAUGGCUUUUAUAUGUUUUUCCUAAAGAGAAAUCUGAAUUUAAUUUUGAAAUAGAAGGAGUAACAUUAAAAGCAACCAAUGGAACAUUCAAUGGGUUUAUACAGCUUGCAAAAAUACCAAUCGAUAACGAUGACGCUGAAAGCAUACUUGAUGCUUCUGCUGGUACUUAUGCAACAAAGAUUUUAUUGUCAGCAUCAGUUUCAGGCAACACGGGCAGUUAUACUUUUAGGUUUGAAACGCAUGAUUAUAAAAACAACUCAUUGCUUCAUUUUGCUAUGCCUCAUCACAUUGUUUCAUUUGAUAGCGAUACAGCUUCUAGAAAAACUAAUCUCUCUCUUCCAAGUCCAACUAAUGGAUUAAUGGUUGCUUAUACCGGGAAGUAUUGGAAUAUGUUAGAGAAUGAUUUGCCUGUAAAUAUUAAUUUUUUUCCAUAUUCGCCUUCAGCCAAAAAACCCUCAUAUUCAAAGGAAGCUUUAGAAAUGAUUAGGAAAGCAGCUAUAGAUGAAAUUGCUCAGGAUUUUUGCUUGCAAAUAGACCCAAACAGUUACUAUUUUUCUGGAAAAGUGCUUUCGAAAUUUGCGUUAUUAUGCUUUUCUAUUAAAAAUAUUCUUAAAAAUGAUACUCUUGCCGAAGAAUGUUUAACAAAGCUUAAAGAUUGUUUUAUGCCAUUUGUGAAAAAUAGUCGCACUUAUAAAUUGGUUUAUGAAAAAACAUGGUUUGGAAUUGUUACAGAACAAGGAUUUGUAAAAGAUAAAUUGUCGGAUUUUGGAGCGUCUUUUUAUAAUGAUCACCAUUUUCAUUACGGAUAUCUUAUAUUUACAGCAGCAAUUAUAGGAUAUCUUGAUAAGAAAUGGAUCGAGGAAAAUAAAGAUUGGGUUAUUGAUUUAAUACGAGAUGUUGCAAAUCCAGUCAAUGAUUCUUAUUUUCCGGCUUUCCGUUAUUUUGAUUGGUUUGCGGGGCAUUCUUGGUCUAAAGGACUAUUUGAGUCAGGUGAUGGCAAAGAUGAAGAAUCUUCAUCAGAAGAUUAUAAUUUUUACUUUGCAGUCAAGCUAUUUGGCCAUUCAAUUAAUGAUACUGUUAUAAUAUCCAGAUCAAAUUUAAUGUUAGCUGUUAUGAAGCGAUCAUUACUCACUUACUUCCUAUACGAACCCUCGAAUACUGUAAUGCCUAAAGCAUUUCUUUCCAAUUAUGUUGCUGGAAUCAAAUUUAUGAAUAAAAUAGACCAUUCUACAUAUUUUUCUCCAAGACCAGAGUGCAUCCAAGGAAUACAUAUGCUCCCAUUAACACCCAUAAGUCCUUAUAUUCGAAUACCAUCGUUUGUUAGAAGUGAAUGGGAUAAUAAAUUGGCAUCAAUAGUUGAUACCAUUGAGGAUGGAUGGAAAAGUAUUCUUUAUGCAAAUCUUGCUAUUAUUGACCCGAAAAAAUCAUAUGAAUUCUUUUCAAUGAAUUUCGAUAAGAAGUUUCUUGAUAUAGGCUCUUCCUUGACAUGGUAUCUUGUAUAUUCAUCUGCUUUUGCGAAUUCGAAAUAA